AUUGUAGAAAGAUUUGGCAGUUGUGUUUAUCUUGACUGAUCUAUGCAGAUCAAAAUAAUCUAUGAUUGCUCGCUGAUCCGAAAGUAUUAAACUGUUAACUGUAAGACAAUAAAGCAUUAUCUGCAGCAGAAAAGAGCAACGUGUUGGCUCUGCUCCUAGUAGGCUGUCCUUUAGACAAACUUGCGCCACAACUGAGAGAGUUCACACACUUCUGACAAGCACUUGUCAUUCACUAGAAUCGUCAGCCAGGAAAUUUGUCAAAAUGGCCGAUCUGAUGAACAGCGACGUGUUCCUGGCCUUCUGCACGUAUGCCACUAUCGUCAUCCUCAAAAUGAUGUUCAUGGCUCCUCUGACCGGAUACUUCAGGUUUACUAGAAAGGCCUUUUCAAACUGGGAGGACACUGCAAUGAGCAAAAAUCCAGAGGCGCGAAAGAAGAUGCUUCAGACCAAUCCCGACGUAGAGCGUGUCCGAAGGUGCCAUCUGAAUGAUCUGGAGAACAUCAUUCCCUUUGUGGUGAUCGGUCUUCUGUAUGCACUGACCGGUCCAGAUCUCUCCACAGCUCUGCUGCACUUCCGGGUGUUUGUAGGCUCUCGUUUCAUCCACACCGCGUCAUACGUGCUGGCUCUUCCUCAGCCCAGCAGGGGUCUGUCCUGGGUGGUGGGAAUGAUCACAACCUUCUCCAUGGCCUACAGAGUGCUCACCACAGCUCUCUAUCUGUAAAGAUGCCAUUGCAUUGCAGUAUGCCGCAGAAUGGUAGAGGCCAGUUUUGUAUUUUUUGAUUUUAUUGGCUUUAUACUUUCUUAUUUCACUCUAGUGUAUGCAAUUGAUAAUAAAAUCUGUGAACAUUCAACUGCAUUUUCAAUUAAUAUACAGGUAUUUGGAAAGAAGCCGCUGUUGUAAUGUCAGUUUCUUCUAUCAAAUGUUUGUUAUCAGUCAACAGGUCAUUGUCACCAUGACUCGGCGUUAAACUGACGUUGCUAUCUGUGUUUUUUUAGGAGGCAUUCCAAGUGCUCAGACCUGCCUUUCUGUAAAAUUUGAACGGGAUCAUUUCGUUGCAUAAUUUAGUACUUUACAGAAUUUUUAGCAACAUCUAUCAUAGUCUUGUUGGCUUUUCCUAAGGGUGCGCAGAACAGAUUGGGUCACUGAUUUCUAAAUCAAGUCAAAGUUUAUUCAUGAUAAUGCAGCACAUUCCGCGCUGUUUCGUAAGCUGUUUCAUAUCUUCAAUGAAGUUGCAUUCUGUUAAUUAGACUGUAAUAUGGCACAAUGCCAUUACUCAUCAUGCCCAAAAGAACACUGUGUGUGUCUUAGGAACAACCAAUAAUAACUUGACCUCUUGUUGAUCAUUUGGUAUCAGAAGUGGCUCAUAUGAAAGGCAAAGGCCUCUAGAUUAUGCUUAUUUUACCAAAAUAAAAUAUGAUCGAGUCUCGAUUUUUAAUGAUUAAAUUUGGACAGUAAGGUCUGAGUUUGCUUAGACAAAAGUAAUGUCCAGAACAGAAAUAAUGUACAGUAUAGAAUAUAAAGUCAUGGUGCAGUGGAAAUUUUUUUUUUUUAUAAAUCUUGUAUGAAUCCCAUGAGCUUGGACGACUGCAUCCAUACAUCUCUGCAACGACUCAAAUAACAAUAAAAACGUCAUGUGGAAUGGAAAAGAAAGCGUUCUUGCAGGACUCCCAGAGUUCAUCAAGAUUCUUUGGAUUAAUUUUCACAGCCUCCUUCUUUUAACUCCAGACAUGCUUAAUAUUGUUCAUGUUGGGUGACUGGCCUGGCCAAUCCUGGAGCACCAGACCUUCUUUGCUUUUAGGAACUUUGAUGUGGAGGCUGAAGUAUGAGAAGGAGCGCUAUCCUGCAGAAUUUGCCCUCUCCUGUGUUUUGUAAUGUAAUGGGCAACACAAACGUCUUGACACCGCAGGCUGUUGAUGUUGCCAUCCACUCUGCAGAUCUCUCGCAUGCCCCUAUACUGAAUGUAACCCCAAACCAUGAUUUUUCCUUCACCAAACUUGACUGAUUUCUGUGAGAGUCUUGGGUCCAUGCUGGUUCCAGUAGGUCUUCUGCACUAUUUGUGACGACUGAGAUGCAGUUUAACAGAUGAUUCAUCUGAAAAAUAAUGAAUAAUAAAUAAUAAAAUAAUAAUAAUAAACAGCUUAAAGUGAA